GGAAACUUGGUCCGGAAGCGGAAAGACGCGAGACCCCGGCGGGGUGAGGGCUGGAGAUGAGCGGCGAGCUGCUCACGCUAGACUGCCUCGUCCACGUCUUCUCCUACCUGGAGGCACCGGAUCUGCUCCGCGCCGCGCGGGUGAACCAGGCAUGGAACGAAGCCGCAGGCACAACUUCCCUAUGGAGAAGGAUAUGCCUAGAUCAUUGGACCUUUUGCAAUAUUUCCAACCUGACUCCAGGUAUGCAGACAUGGAAACAGUACUAUCUCCACCGCUCCAAACUUGAGCAUGAAAUGGCAUCAGGUCGGCCAUCAGCUGAUUAUAUAUGUCGGUCCAUGAGAGGGCAUAAAGGUAAAAUAGUUGGUAUGGCUUAUCUCUCAGACAAUGAGCACGUGUUUGGUGGUGGAAAGCUGAGGUCUGUGGUUUGCACUGCAUCUACCGAUGGCACUAUUCGAGCAUGGCAGGUCCAAGAGGGUACACAGAUAUGGUCAAGUCCCUCCCAGGAAGUGCCAUUUGUAAAGGUUAUUACUGUCCCAGAGUACAAACUAGCAAUCAGCACAGAUGCCUGUGGAACCAUCAAGGUCUGGCAUGGAGAAAGUGGGGAAGAGCUUGCUGCAUUCUCCACAUCGUCGUCCUCGUCCAGUUUGGUUACCUACUCAGUGAACGACAAGCCCUUCCUAACUGCAGCCACUGCAGGAGGUGCUAUCUAUACGCUAGAAGUUCCUAAUCUAAAUCAGGUUUCAUGUAUUACAGCAUUUCAAAACUCUAGCAUUGAUUUAUUACUUUGUUCACCAGACGAGCAAUGGCUAGUUGCAGGAUCUACUGAGAAUGCAGCUCCAUCUCCAAAGAUAUUUUAUACAGAUUGCUUGAUUAACCCGGCAGAUGAAUCACCUGAAUCUAGCUGGCUGCCUGUCAACAAUUGUGCUGUAGUCUGCUGGUUACCAAAAGCACCAGCAAGAAUAGCAGUAGUGCACCGAGAUCGCAUGUCAGUUCAAAGGAACAUCACAGUGUUUGAUCUAGCUCUCAAAAAGUCUAAAUAUAAAAUGGAAGUUCUAGCUCAACAGGUUGCAAGUUUCACACUACCAGGAGGAACUUGGACCACAGAAAUUAUCAUGAAAGGACAUGGCACAGAAACAAUUCUUUUAGGAUGUGGAGCAAACUUAGAACUAUAUUCAAUUUUUGGGACUCAAGUAGAAGCUUUCCAGCAUCACAAUACAAUCACUUCAAUAUGGGUGGAUGCUUUUCGUGUUGUCACAUCAUCUUUGGAUCUCUCACUCCGUGUGUACACAUGGAAAAAAGUAAACAAAAUCUCUUCACUGACAAGUCGCUAUUAUUUACUAGGGGGAACCCACAGAUGGUCAAGGGGCUUUACGGAUGUGGCAUGUGACAACAUCAGCAUCGUAGGUGUGGUGGCUGAAAGUGAUGAAACAAGUAUUUUAAGAGCAUAUUCCUUUAACCUGUGAACAGAGAAAUAUUUAAUGAUCCUUCAUUAUUUUAGCUGCAGUUUUGGGUGUUGCUUCGCAAAGCUUUCUUCUGUUAAGUAUAGGGCACUAUGUAGGGAAAACAAAGGCUUUAUGGUGAACUAGCAGUACCUUAAGUAUGAACAAAGAGCUGUUCCCUUGGAGCAAUAUGCAGUGAUAAGCUUUGUGAACACCCUUAUGUUAAUAGAAGAGAUGCAGAUGAGCACCAUGAAGUUAGGUCCCCUCAAUCAGAAACCAUCAGUUGUGGGGGUGACGUAAGUCUACAGUAGACAUAAAAAUGCUACUACCACCCCUCAAAUAUAAACUUCAGUAUAUCAACCAUAAUGUUUACUAGAGGUCAUACCUAAGCUAUACUUUAUCUAGUCUAAUAAAAAUA